AGCGGGGUUUCCGUCUCCGUCUCCGACCAGAACCCCUUCGACUUCGACUACCAACGAACUGCAAUUGAUCGUUCUUAAGCGGGGAUUCAGGUCUCGUGGCAUGGUUGUUUUUCUCAGGGAUUGAUGCUCUUCUCCGCUCGUCGGCCGCCCAGUCGGUUCAAUGCAUAGCGGAGAUGAUGACUUCGCCAUGGGAUUCACUGGGGUCGGAUGGAUGUUUAUGUGCCUCUCGUCUACUCCUCUCUUGUGACUUCUUGUGAUACAUUUCUGGAUUCGUCUUCAAACUGCCCACAUCUCGUCGUCUACCCUGAACCUUGUUUCUCAACUCACUGACACCAGGCAGUUUCUAUUGCUGAAGCAACAACAUCCAAGAUUGACCAUAAGACGUGAUUACAGCCACACCUCCUAGAGCCUCUACCACUCGCGGCGCACGACAUAUCACAUCCUCCUCAGUACCUACCGUCGAGAUGUCCGAGAUGAACGCCGUUCGCUUCCACGGCCAAAAAGACAUCCGCCUCGACAGAAUCCCCGUCCCCUCCGUCAAGCCAGGACAAGUCAAAAUCGCCCCGAAAUUCUGCGGCAUCUGCGGCUCCGAUCUGCACGAGUACCUCGGCGGCGCGAACCUGAUUCCCCAGCAGGGCCACCCUCAUCCCAUCACCGGCGAGACCCUUCCCCUCACCCUGGGCCACGAGUUCAGCGGCAUCGUCGAAGAAAUUGGCCCCGGGGUCGAGCACAUCAGGCCUGGCGACCGAGUGUGCGUACAACCCAUCAUCUACGACGACAGCUGUCGCGCCUGCAAGCGCGGGCUGGUCAAUUGCUGUGACAAAAACGGCUUCGUCGGCCUGAGCGGCUGGGGCGGCGGGCUGAGCGAACAUAUGGUCGUCCCUGCGAGUUGCGUCAAACCUUUACCAGAUAAUAUCUCAUUGGAAGUUGGGGCGCUGAUCGAGCCGUUGGCCGUCGGCUGGCAUGCGGUGGACAUCUCGCCGUACAAGGACGGCGACGCAGCGCUCGUGCUUGGUGGAGGACCGAUCGGUCUUGCGGUGGUGCAAGCGUUAGUGGGCAAAGGGUGCAAGAACAUCAUCGUUAGCGAAGUGAGCGGCAAGAGAAGGGAAUUUGCCAAACAAUUCGGCGCACACCAUGUCAUUGACCCUGUCAAGUCGGAUAUCGUCGAAGAAGUCGAGAAAUUGACCAACGAUGAAGGCGCGGAUGUCGCGUUCGAUGCAGCGGGCGUACAAAUCGCUGUCGAUACGGCGUUCAAGGCGAUCAAGGCGAGAGGAACGCUAGUCAACAUCGCGGUAUGGGAGAAGCGAGCCACCUUAAAUAUGAAUGACGUUACGUUCAGGGAGAGAAGGUAUCUGGGAAUAGCGACGUAUUCUCUAGGCGAUUUUGAAGCUGUCAUCAAGGCCAUUUCUUCAGGUGCAAUGAAACCGGAAGGGAUGAUCACCAAGGUAAUCAAGCUGGAUCGGGUCGCCGAGGAAGGAUUCAAGGCAUUGAUUGAGGACAAGGAGAAUCAAGUCAAGAUCCUGGUCGACGUGGGUGCUGGCAUAUAAAAAUGUACAAAACAAAAGCGCAGUCUGGAGUUCAUAGUCAGUGAGCAUUUCGUCGACAACUCAAGAAUCGAUCGAUUCUUUGGCCGAAGGCACAAACUCUCCAAUACCAAUUCUCAUGAUUUCGUUUUCA